AUGGGUGAGGUGGAGUUCAUCCGGAGGCAGGUGGCCGGGGCCCUCGCCGAGGACGCGGCGGCGGCGGAGGCCGGGGCCCAGCAGGUGCCGGACCCGGAUGCCAAAGCGCCCACCGAGAUAUCCCCCUGGCUGGAGCUCACCCGGUGGCCCGAGUUCCUGCAUGGGCAUGCCUUCACAGCGGUAGCCCCGCUGGCUGCACCACCGGAUCCCACAGCUGAGCCCCUUCUGACAGUGUUCAGCGCCAGCGUCGAGCGGCUGAUCGAGGCGGCCUACCAGUCCAUCAAGACGCGGCGGAUCAACGAGUUUGACCAGAUCCGAAUCAACAGCUUCCUGCAACGGCCACGGGUGUGGGACCGGCCCAUCCUGAUCCAGCUCCGGCCCUCCACCUACCGGGCCUACCGGCAGGUCUGGCAGCGGCUGAUCUGCUUCGCCUACCGCACCAGCCGCCCCAAUGCAGCCGUGCAGCUCGGCCACCAGCUCACCACUGCACAGCUGGCGGCCCUGGACCGGAUGGAGACGGCGGCAGCGGAGCUGCUGUCAUUGCCCUCGCCACCACUCUGCACACCCGGGCCCGGGGCGGCGGAUCAUCCACCAUGGACCACAGGAGGGGGCCCAUGGGUCGUCAUCCAGACGCCCCGUGGGGGGGAUCGGGAUCGGGACCCGGAGGGGGACCGGAGGACCGAGCGGCGCCAUGCAGCAUAUGAGCAACUGGACCAUGCCUGCCUGGACCUGUCCAUCGCGCUGCUGGACCACCCACUGAAAGGGGAUCUCUUUGAGAGUGCGGUGGUGGCCUUCCUGGCAGUGUUGGGGGUGGAUGUGGAGAAACAGACCUUCCGGGACCCCUACGCGUUCACCAGCUCCCUGUCCGGGCUGAUCAAGAUGGCCCAGAUGCUGGUGGCGCAGCGCGCGGUGCAGAUGGCGGACCAUGGUCAGGUUGAGCACCCGGCAGAUGCCCUGGAGGCCAUGCGGGAGCGGUUCCUCCUCCCGGGGGUGGCUGCCCCCUUCAACUGGCUCACACGGGCUGCGCACGUUUGGCAAGCGCAUCCAGAACACCACCACCAGUCUGGGAUAUAUCUACUGGAGCGAUGA